AUGCACAGUCACCAUAGUCAUUCCGGCCAGUUCUGUGCUCAUGCGAAGGGCAACCUGGAAGACGUCGUUCGAGAAGCCAUUGCUCAGGGCUUCGUGGUGUACGGCCUAACUGAGCAUGUCCCGCGUUACAGGGACGUCGACCUUUACCCUGAGGAGCGCGACCUCUGGAUAUCGAUAGAUGACCUAGAAGAACGAUUCCGUUCGUUCCUGCACGAAGCUUGGCGUCUCAAAGCGCAGUAUGCGUCGCAAAUCACUCUACUCGUCGGUCUUGAAACUGAAUCGAUAUCCCCGAUCGACCUCGAGCAACUGGAUGCGCUACUUGAAAGGCACGCCGGUCAAAUAGACUACAUUGUCGGAUCCGUCCACCACGUUAACGAGAUCCCUAUCGACUUCGACUUCGCCACAUACGAACGCUGCUUGGAUUCGUUCACGUCUGCUGAGGUUACAUCUAAUCAUGAGCGACUAGCGAGGUAUCUGCUCGAGUACUUCAAAUCGCAACAUACGCUGUUGGAGCGCUUCAAACCGGCCGUUGUGGGCCAUUUCGAUCUGUGCCGCCUUUACACGCCGGACGUUCGCAUAUCUGACUUUCCGGACGCCUAUGCCCAGAUGGAGGCCAACAUCGCGCUUGCAAUCGGAUAUGGGGCCCUCUUUGAGGUCAACGCUGCGGCGUUCAGAAAAGGGUGGGAAGACGCGUAUCCGGGCACGGACGUUGUUGAGGUCAUUUUGAGACAUGGCGGUCGAUUUUGCCUGUCGGACGACUCGCAUGGCCCACACGCGGUGGGGUUGAAUUACCAUCGUAUACCGGCUUACCUUGCGCGCGCCGGCGUCACCGAGCUCUGGGCGCUCCAGCCCGCUAUAUCCUCCGAAGGCGAUGUGCAGCCACGGUCUUCCGUUCAUGCCAUGCAGGUGACGGAUUGGCAAUCAUGGCCGUCGUGGGCCUUGAACCGACCAGUCACAGUGACGGCGUAA